AUGGAUGACGAACUUUCUUUGUCAGACUCCUUGAUCAGUAAAUUAUUUGAAAGAGGUUUGACUUCUGAUGAAGAAUCCGAUUUAGAUUGUGCUCCGGACUUAGAUAAUGAGGAAAUAUUGUUAUUUGAUGACAGUGACUUAGAAGAACUUGGUGAUUUGGCCCAUGAUGUAAACUUUGGAGUUUUAGUAGGAGAUUCUAAAAGCCCAGCAAAAGCUGAAACUGCUAAAUUUUGUGAAUACUUUGUUCCACCCUAUGAGCUCUCUAUGGACGAAAGCACUGUUUCCUUCAAAGGGAAAGUCCAUUAUAAACAGUACAAUCCUAAAAAGCCUAUAAAGUGGGGCAUGAAAGUAUUUGUUAUAUCCGAUUCAAGAACAGGCUAUGUUUAUACUUUUGAACCUUACUAUGGUGCUACAACCACGGCUAUUUUGCCUUUCCCUGAACAUCAGUUCACCAUGCGGAUUGUGAUGCUUUUGGCGGAGCGAGUCAGAAAUCAGUGUGGGUUUGAGUGCGGGUUCCACAUUUAUACUGACAGACUAUACACCAGCUUGGCCUUAGCUCAGGAGCUCGCCAAAAUAAGAAUACACCUAACUGGUACGGUCCUAGGGAAUCGACAAGGAAACCCAUCUUCUUUUCAAAAGAAAAAUAUGAAGUCAAACAAGAUGCAGAUACAUGAAGUGCGUGCCUUUCGACACAAGGAUAACGUUUUGGUAUUGGCAUGGAGGGACCAGAGGGACGUUACCAUGCUUAGUACUGUGCAUAACCCUUCAGUAGUGGAGAUAGUGAGGAAUAAAAAAGGAAGCACAGAAAAAGAGAAAGUUUUGAAACCCACAGUCAUUAUGGACUACAAUGAACGAAUGGGUGGGGUUGAUGCAUCUGAUCACUAUAUAUCGUCGUAUAUGUUUGUCCGCAAGUCCAAAAAAUGGUGGAGAAAAAUGUUUUUCUGGUUACUGGAAGUAAGUGUAGUAAACAGUUUUUUACUAUACAACAUGUAUCAACAAAACAUUGGAAACAAGUGUUGUGAAUCAAAGAAGUUCAGGGAGAUGCUGUUGUUACAACUUGUUGGGGACUUCCGCAAUUCUAGUGGUAAAAGACGUGGUAGGCCUUCCACAAGCGACAAAGAAGAGAGGCUUAACCAAAAGCCCCACUUCAUUGCAAGUUUUCCUGGAAUGAAUCAGAAAAAGGACUGUGCUGUAUGCAGCAACCGGAAAGUUCCUGGUCAAAGGAGGGAAACUCACUUCUUCUGUGAGACGUGUGAACGCAAACCUGGCUUCACCCUGGUGAAUGCUUCAAGCGGUACCAUACCCUCAAAGACUACAAACCCUAGGCAAAAGAACUAA